AUGCCCCUCCCUUCAGAUCUCAUUGCCCCCCCCUUCAGAUCUCAUUGCCCCCCCCUUCAGAUCUCAUUGCCCCCCCCUUCAGAUCUCAUUGCCCCCCCCUUCUCCACAUGCGUUCUACUCUUAGGUGCGGCAACAUCGCCGCUCAUUGUGUUCAUUCCAGGUGCAGACAGAGUAGCAGCGGCGCAUUAUGAGAGGCUCGUGAGGCUGGAGCGCAUGGAGCGGUUGGGCGUUGUUGGGGAGAGAGGCGCAGAAAAGGAGGAGAAGGGGGAUAAGGGGGAUAAGGGGGAGAAAGGGGAGAAGGGAGUGAAGGGGAAGGAGGGAAAGGAGAAAAGUGAGCCGCUGCGGUUGGUGGUGAUUGGCUCUCACACCGUGCCGCCCAAGAAGGACAAGGCGCCAGCAGCGGCAGCAGCCCCCAAGACCACGGACAAGCUCUCUGCUCUCCUCGACCUCUCCUUCUUGGUGAUGUGCACGGCGGGAGUGGAGUGUGCCGACAUCGACAGGCUCUCCAUCGCCUCGCACUCUCUUCCCCAGGAGGGAGCCGAGCGCAUGGUGGGGUGGGCUAUAAGCCACCAGCUGCAGCACAGCCCAUCAAUCGACACACCCCCUGCCUGCCUCCCCCUCUCCCUCUCCAGUAUUCGGCACGGAGUGGUGGUGGUGGAGGGAGCAUCUCAACAGCAGCCAGCCACACAGCGAAAGGCGCUCAAGGACGUGACAUGCGACAAUGACUUUGAGAGGCUGCUACUGGGGGAGGUGAUACCUGCGGAGGAGCUGGGCGUGCGCUUUGAGCACAUCGGUGCUCUGGAGGGCGUGAAGGAGGCUUUAAGGGAGGUGGUCAUGCUGCCGCUGCAGCGACCAGAGCUGUUCCAAACGGGGCAACUCACCAAGCCGGUGAGGGGGCUGCUGCUGUUCGGCCCACCGGGCACGGGCAAGACUAUGCUGGGCAAGGCAGUUGCUACCGAGUCAGGGGCCAACUUUAUCUCGCUCUCCAUGGCCUCCGUGGCCUCCAAGUGGUUUGGAGAGGCAGAGAAGUAUGUGAAGGCCGUGUUCACGCUGGCCAGUAAAAUCGCGCCAUGUGUCAUCUUCGUGGACGAGGUUGACAGCAUGUUGGGGCGGCGCGGGGGAGACUCGGAGCACAGUGCGAUGAGGAAGCUCAAGAACGAGUUCAUGGCCGCAUGGGACGGGCUGCGAUCCAAACAGGCGGAGCGCAUUCUCGUGCUCGGUGCCACCAACCGUCCACACGACCUUGAUGACGCCGUUAUCAGACGCUUCCCCAGAAGGCUGUUGGUGGAUCUGCCUGACUGCACCAACCGAGCGAAGAUCCUGGCGGUGAUUCUCAAAGAUGAGCAACUGGACCCCGGCUUCUCCACAGACGAGCUCGCUGCUGCCACCGAUGGCUACUCUGGUAGCGACCUCAAGAAUCUGUGUGUGACAGCAGCGUUCCUGAGAAUAAAGGAGUUUCUGGACAAGGAGAGGAAAGUGAGGGCUGCUUGGGAGGAGAAGGUGAGGGGCGAGGAGAAGGUGAGGGGCGAGGAGAAGGUGAGGAGCGAGGAGAAGGUGAGGGGCGAGGAGAAGGUGAGGGGCGAGGAGAAGGUGAGGGGCGAGGAGAAGGUGAGGGGCGAGGAGAAGGUGAGGGGCGAGGAGAAGGAGAAGGAGGAGGCGGAGAGGAGGAAGGGAGGUGCGGAGGGCAGCAGUGGACGCAGUAGCGCAGCAGCGAGUGGCAGCCGGGAGGGCGAGGCUGGUGCUGCUGACUAUGCCUCUCAAGGCUCGGCUUCCCCUGCCGCUGCACCAUGCCUGCGGCCAAUCAGCAUGGAGGACAUGCGGAAGGCCAUGGAGAAGGUGCGUGCGAGUGUGAGCAGCGAUGCUGCAGCAAUGAUGGAGCUGAUGCAGUGGAACGAACAGUUUGGGGAGGGCGCCUCGCGCAAGAUCACCCCCCUCUCCUACUUCAUGUGA